GAGGAAGUGCUACCUUCUUCUUUGCCACAUCCUCUCCGUGCUUAUCUUCCCUUUCGACCCUGUGACAUGUUAUUUUCUUUUCAAGCAGGGCUUUGAAAUUGAGUGCAGUCAGACCCUUUGUGCUGAUACACUUCACAGGAGGUGGUAUUUUGUUAGAUUGCAGCUUUCUCCACUUCUUAUACGGCUGUUUUGACAGCUUGUGGAGUUGACAUCAGUUAAGGAACUUACUUCAGCGAUAGUCACCCAGUUCUGUCGAGUCGCUCUAUAGAGUUCUAAAGCAGAUUUUGCUGACAGGUGUUGAACAUCUCACCCUGAGGAAAAGAGAUGGAGGCUGACAUCUUUGAGUAUUACAAAGAGGAAGAAACUGUUGACAUCAAGUCUUUUCAGGAAGAGAAGCAGAAGCUCAUUCAGCCAACGGCUUUAAAAGACCCCAAACUUGCAAAGCUAAAAGAGGCACUGGUAAAUUGGAUCAAUAGCACUUUGAAACCAGAACACAUAGUGGUUCAGAGUCUGGAGGAGGAUCUGUACGAUGGUCUGGUGCUUCACCACAUGCUGUCCAGGCUGGCCGGGGUGGAUGUGCCCGUGGAGGAGAUGGCGCUGACCAGCCCUGCUCAGAUACGCAAGCUGGGACUGGUCCUGGAGGAGCUGGACCAGAGACUGGGCCUGCAGGACGACAGCCGGAUCAAGUGGAACGUCAAACUCAUCCACAACAAAGAUCUUUUGGCCACUAUUCAUCUGCUGGUUGCCAUGGUGAGAUCGUUCCAGCCUGAUCUGGAUUUGCCUCCCAAUGUGAAUGUUGAAGUUAUUGUUAUGGAGGUGAGCAAAAGUGGAAUCAAAUCCGAUGUACAGACGGAGGUCCUGACAGACGAGAGGGAAGCAGAGCCAGAAUCCCUUAUGAAGAGUGGAAAGGAAGAUCCCAUCGAGAAACUGCUGAAGCUUGAGGCUCACAAGGUCGACACGGUGAAGAAGGCCAUCUUAUACUUUGUCAACCAGAACAUGCAAACGUUGGGUCUGCAGGUGGCUGAAAUGGACAAACAGUUUGCUGACGGUGUGAUUCUGCUGCUGCUGAUUGGACAGCUGGAAGGCUUCUUCGUCCCGCUCUGUGACUUCAAUCUGACGCCUGUCAAUCACUCUGAGAUGGUUCACAAUGUGACCUUGGCCUUGGAUCUCCUUAAUAAUUUAGGCCUGAAAGUGUCCAGUGUUGAUCCACAAGAUAUUGUGUCUCAGGACGUCACUGCCACCUUGAAGGUCCUGUACGCUCUGUUCAAGAAGCACAAAGGGAAAUGAGAGACGAAGAGGAGAUCAACAACCACGAAAAAGAAACAGAGUGGAAGUGUUGACCAGCUGGUGGUUUCUUCUGUCUUCUCUAAACUGUAAAUACUGUAUUUAAACAGGACAUUUUGAAACAUUCAAAUGUUUUUAUAGACAUUUUCUAAGGCUUUCAAGCUGCUUUAAAAUAACAUAGGCUGGGGGUAUGAUAUCAUUUAAUAUAUGGGUAACCAUAUACAAUCUGUCUUUACUUGAAGAGACUCACAGUGGUGCGUUCUAUGAAAGAUGACGUACAUUGUUGUGUGAAGGGUGAGAAAAGAGCUAGAAAUGGAACUUGAAUCCCUGCUUACAGUAUUUUCUCACCUGCACACAGCUGACCAAUCUCUGUGUGAAGUGGGUGUGAAUAAUCGAUCAUUGGUUUUGAAAAGAGUCAGAAAUGGUUGGACACGGCUUCUCUAACCUGACGUCUGUAAAAUGUGGAAUGUGAAAAGCAGUGAAGGAGCAUAUCGGCCCCUUGAACUGUAACCUUCUUUAUUCAUAUUUCAAUUUGGUCUAUUCUAUCAUAUUGUACAUGGUGUGGAUGUUAGCCUUUGUUAUUUCCUUUAUUCAACCAUCUCUUGCUCUCUUUACACCACUUCAUUUCCAUUUCAGUGUGACACUGCUGCAACACGGCUCUUUUCAUUCUUGCUUUAGGAAACCAUCGUCCUUGAGUGCCUCCUCUCAAAUAAACAAUGUGAAUGUAUUCCUCUGCUUCCUCUAUGUGUUCCUGCUGACAGUCUGCGACCUCCUCUUUUUGUAGUCUGUGGAGGCUUUUGUCAUUUCUGUCUCCAUUUUUUUGUGUGCCAAUGAAUUGUUCACAACUCAAUGUCACACAAAUGUGGAGAGGGUGCGGCAGGCAGCCAUCGAGUGAGGCUCGAAAAUGAGAGCCAGACAAUAGACGUGAUUUCAUCAAAGCAUAUUUUGCAAAUUACGUGUUAAAUAAAAAAUAAAAAAGUGGACUAGAACUGGGAAAAUCCACUUAAUUCUC